CGUGACGUGUGCCAUGAACGGACGUGAGCCUGGAUCAGAGGCAUGGAUGGGGACCGAGGACGACGAAAUGCAGAUCACUAUGCCUUCAGGCAUCAAGCUAGCUGCUAAGGUAUGGGCCCGUCAUCAGCCAAGCUCAAGAUCCUGGCCUUGCAUGGCUUUAUGGACAACGCAGGGACGUACGACACCCUCGCUCCCUACCUCACCGGUGGUGCGGCACUUGAGCUAGCUGAAGCUCCUUCCCACCUCACAACACGGCUCCCUUUGUCCUCGACGUCAAACUCGACGUCAACGUCUUUGCCGGCUAUAGCCGGAGUUGCGACAAAGUCGGCAGAGCAGGCGUCGGGCUCAUCGUCGCUCUCGUCGGUCGUCCAGCUCGUGGCCCUCGACUUUGUAGGUCACGGACUCUCGGAUCAUCUCGGCCCGGACGGUGCGUACUCGUUCUACACAUACCUCAAGCAUGUGACCCAUGUCAUUGCUGCUCUUGGCUGGUCCAAGGUUGUGCUGAUGGGCCAUUCGAUGGGCGGCCACGUCGCGGCCUACGCCGCGGGCAUGCUGCCAGACAUUGUCACAGGCGUCGUCUUUCUCGACGCCCCGGUCUACCUCAUCAAGGCCGAGGUCAUGCCGACCAUCCUCGCCAACUCGGCCCGCGCUGAAGCUGCCGCUGUCCGCAUGGAACCGCGGUACCGGGUCUACCCGUCCAAGGAUGCCAUGGCCGUCCGCCUCGCCUCGUCGCUCCUCGAUCGCGCCGAGUCGCGGGCUGAGUCCCUUGGCCUGCCAGUCCCGCCUGUUGUCUCUGCUUACGAUGCCCGCGUCCUCAUGGAGCGUGGCUCGCGCCCCUACAAGGACGGCUUCCGUUUUGCCCACGAUCCACGCCUCAAGCUCUCCUCCGGUCAGUUCUUUACCCAGGAGAUCUUUGACGCCUACGCCGCUCGUGCCACCUGCCCCUCCAUCCAGAUCGCCUCGGACCGCGGGUCUUUCUCCGACGGCGUCACCGCCCUUGCAAAGGCCUUUAACUCGACCAUCCACAUCAUCCUCGACUUUCUCUUCGACACCGCACAUCUUCACGUCGCCGACAUCCCAUCCCGCCUCUAA